AUGCAUUCCACACGUGCGUUCCAGAGAGAGACAUAUCUGAUCCAAGCGUGCGUUGAUCAGCUUCUGUCUGCAUGUGUUAUCCUGUUACCUGUCGCCGUCCAGAAAUGCUUCCACCUAUCCAAGCCUUCUUCCUUCAGCAAUGGAGUUCCUAGAAUUACCAAACAACAGAUUUCAACAUCCUAUCAUCCUUACAUCCCGAUCACGUGGUUUCUUCAGCCUAUUUCAUCACAUCAACCUGAUACCCAUGCCAUGCCACCAAAAAGGAACGAGAAAGUAUCCUGUGAUGUUUGCAGUUCGUGGGUACUUCGAAGAGAACUGUAUAGGCACAUGACAAGGGUACACAACUACGCUCAAGAUGAAAUUGAUCGUAUGAAAGACGAACGUGAAAGAGAGACAUCGCAAGUUUCCCUGUUCCAUAUGUGA